UACAGUUAGACCUAUAUACCAUGCUCUGAAUAACUGGUGUCUACCUGCUUUAUUUUAGAAUCCGUCAACAGGGUCUAUAAAAAAGGAAAAUUGCUGGGGCGUGGAGGCUUUGGCUCGGUCUAUGCAGGGACCCGCAUAUCCGAUGGACUUCCCGUGGCCCUUAAAUAUGUUCUGAAAGAUGAAGAGGAAAUGCACCCUAGGAAGAAAUUGUCCAAGCCCAAGGAAGUCGGACUAUUUGAAAUGGUUAACAAACUAUCAGGUCAUCCCAACAUCUUGAAACUGUACAACUGGUUCGAUAGACCUGCGUCUUAUGUAAUGGCAAUGGAGCGCCCCAACCCCUGCAAGGAUCUGUUCACAUACUGCCAGGAUCAGGGGGGCGUCCUGGAUGAGGACGAGGCGCGCAAUGUUACCAGUCAGCUGCUGGGCGCGCUGCAGCACUGUGAAGACCAAGGAGUGGUGCACCGGGACGUGAAGCCCGAGAACAUCUUGAUCCAGACGGACACCAAGGAAAUCAAACUGAUCGACUUCGGGUGUGGAGACCCGCUGAAGAACACCGCCUACACUGACUUCUCUGGGACCCCCGAAUACUUGCCAAUUGAGUGGUUCCAGAAAGAGAAGUUCCUUGCAGGCCCUGGGACUGUGUGGUCAGUGGGCGUAACCCUGUAUAACCUCGUUUGCGGCGGCGAUCCCUUCACUUCUUACACCAGCAAGGGAAUGCGACAUGUGGAGAUCAGUGCCGGGCUGUCACCAGAAAUCAAGGACUUCAUUUGCUGUUGCCUGAGGCCCCAGGCAAGAGACCGACCCACCCUGGAGCAGCUGCAACUCCACCCCUGGAUCCUGAAACACUUCUAAUACCCAAAAAGACUCGACAAGGCCCCCCGAAUACUUGCCAACUGAGUGUUUCCAGAAAGAGGACCAGCCCACCCUGGAGGAGAUGCAGCUCCACGCCUGGAUCCAGCAGGCCUGAUAGACACUGGAGUGUGGGGAUGUACCCCACUGACUGGUACGGCAGGCCAAAGCCACAGAAGAAGCCAACGGAAGAGGGGCGGGCCAGUGAGGAGACCACCGCCCAAAGACUCCCUCCUUUGUGUUUUGAUCAGUGCCCCCCGAAUACUUGCCAAUUGAGUGGUUCCAGAAAGAGGACCAGCCCACCCUGGAGGAGAUGCAGCUCCACGCCUGGAUCCAGCAGGCCUGAUAGACACUGGAGUGUGGGGAUGCACCCCACUGACUGCCGGAAUAAUGGCAAUGAGACAGAGAAACAAAUGGCCCAUUGAGGAGAAAAUUAUUUAGAGAAUGGCGAUAAAUGGAGAUAUAGAAUGGAGAUAUACACCAGUGAGCCAAAAAUUGACAAUUCACAGAUGAAGUGAAUUAUCUCCUAAGAAUGACACAUGUCUUUAAGGCCUGCGAUAUAUUCGAGGGUAUGGCAGGCCAAAGCCACAGAAGAAGCCAACGGAAGAGGGGCGGGCCAGUGAGGAGACCACGGCCCAAAGACUCCCUCCUCCACCAAGAACAGUUCCGAGUAGCCCGGCUGGGCCAAUCAGAGGAGCUCUACCUUCACUGCCAACUCGACGGGCACCCCUGCCAAGCCCUGGUGGACACGGUGUCCACCAUCACCCGGCCUGGCGUGCUCCCCAACACCACGGGCACACUUCCACCAAGCUGAGAACGGCGACUGGUGAACGAGCAGAGACGAGAGGAUGCAAGCUGCUGUGCGUCAGCAAACCCACCAUGACUUCUGGCUGGUCAUGGUCAUGGUCACUAAAACAUAGGCGUAGUAAAAUAGCUUAUAGUGAGUUGUAAUAUUUAGAAAAAGUAAAUACGGAGUGGCUUCACCUCAAUGUAAUGUAUUUGGA